GGGGAUGGUAUAUAAAUAAACCAGAGAAGAAAAAGAAUAUCAAUUAAUAAAAAAUAAAAACAAAUUUCCUUUUCUCUCUGCUUCUUCUCCGGAGAAAAUCUUUAUUCUAGGGCUUUAGGAAAUGACGCGACGGAGCAUCGAUGAUUUGGAACUGAGCUCCGACGAGGAGGUAUGGUCCAAACACUCGUUCAAAUUCUCGCGAGUCAUCAAUUCAGAUGAUGCGACGUCGUCGAAGCCACGGCCAAGGGCGGCGCCUCCUCCGAUUGAAUCGUUCGCCUAUUCUAAUAAUUCGGGAAAUAAUUUGAGUAGCUGUGAUUUGAUUGAGAUAGUGGAGUCUUCUUCUGAAGAAAAUGGUUGUGAGAAUUUGGAGGAUGAUGACGUGGACCUUGAGGUGAGUAACAGAAGUAGGAAAAGUGUGAAAACUUCAACCAGCAGUCGCGGCCGUCGAUUUGUGAUCGAUGAUGAUGAAGAAGAAGAAGAGGAGGAAAAAAUUGUUAGUAAUAGUAAGGAAAAUGAUGAAUUGAGUGAUUCUUUUGAGGAGGAGGAGGAGGAGGAAAAUGACGUCAUCAAGAAAGCGUUGCAGAAGUGUGGGAAGAUUUCAGCUGAGCUGAGAAGAGAGUUGUACGGUACAACCGCUGCUGCCUGUGAUACUUUCUCUGAAAUUGAGGAGAAUUCUUCACUUAGAAUCGUCACUCAGGAUGACGUGGAGGAGGCGUGUGGUGGCGCAGACUCCGAAUUUCAGCCAGUGCUAAAACCUUACCAAUUGGUUGGGGUCAAUUUUCUUCUUCUUUUGUAUAGAAAGAAAAUUGGGGGAGCUAUUUUGGCAGAUGAGAUGGGUCUUGGUAAGACCAUUCAGGCUAUUACAUAUUUAACAUUGCUGAAGCACCUGGAAGGUGAUUCUGGUCCUCACCUAAUUGUUUGUCCUGCUUCGGUUCUUGAGAACUGGGAAAGAGAGCUUAAAAAAUGGUGUCCAUCCUUUAAUGUGCUCCAGUAUCAUGGUGCAGCUCGGUCAGCUUAUUCAAAGGAAUUGAGCUAUGUUUCAAAGGCGGGAUUGCCUCCUCCUUUUAAUGUUAUUCUUGUGUGUUACUCCAUUUUUGAACGACACAGUGCACAGCAGAAAGAUGAUCGCAAAAUUUUGAAACAUUGGUGCUGGAGUUGUGUGCUAAUGGAUGAAGCUCAUGCACUGAAGGACAAAAAUAGCUUUAGAUGGAAAAAUUUGAUGUCUGUUGCACGGAAAGCAAAGCAGCGUUUGAUGCUUACUGGGACACCACUACAAAAUGACCUGCAUGAGUUAUGGUCAAUGUUGGAGUUCAUGAUGCCUGAUCUCUUUGCUACUGGAGAUGUUGAUCUGAGGAAGCUUCUGAAUGCAGAAGAUAGAGACUUGAUUGCUCAAAUAAAGUCUAUCUUGGGUCCAUUUAUAUUGAGAAGAUUAAAAUCUGAUGUAAUGCAGCAGCUAGUCCCAAAGACCCAAAAGGUUGAGUAUGUGAAGAUGGAAAAUCUACAAGCAGACGCUUACAGAGAAGCAAUUGACAAUUAUCGGGCAAUUUCUCAAGCUCGUAUUUCAAAGUUAGCAAAAAUCGAUUUAAAUAGUGUUGCUAGAAUUUUGCCUCGAAGACAAAUUUCAAACUAUUUUCUUGAAUUUCGUAAGAUUGCAAAUCAUCCACUAUUGGUGAGGCGCAUUUACACAGAUGAUGAUGUUGUUCGGUUUGCUAAAGCUUUGCAUCCAAAAGGUGUAUUUGGCUUUGAAUGUACCUUGGACCGAGUGAUUGAGGAGCUUAAGAAUUACAGUGACUUCUCAAUUCAUCAGCUUUUGCUCUAUCAUGGAGAUGCAGAUGGCAAGGGAGUUCUCUCAGAUGAGCAUGUAAUGGCCUCUGCAAAGUGUCAGGCAUUAGCCGAACUCCUCCCCAUUCUACAGCAUGAAGGGCAUCGUGUUCUUAUUUUUAGCCAAUGGACGUCGAUGCUUGAUAUUUUGGAGUGGACCUUGGAUGUUAUUGGGGUCACGUACAGGCGUCUUGAUGGAAGCACUCAGGUGACAGAAAGGCAAACAAUAGUUGAUACCUUCAAUAAGGACUCUUCUAUAUUUGUGUGCUUGCUUUCAACACGAGCAGGCGGACAGGGUUUAAACUUGACUGGAGCUGACACUGUCAUAAUACAUGACAUGGAUUUUAAUCCACAGAUAGAUCGACAAGCUGAAGAUCGUUGUCAUCGCAUUGGACAAACAAAACCGGUUACAGUAUAUAGGUUAGUGACAAAGGAUACUGUUGAUGAAAAUGUGUUUGAGAUUGCAAAUCGGAAGUUAACGCUAGAUGCUGCCGUAUUACAGUCUGGGGUAGAAGUUGAGGAUGAAGGUAUGGUGCCCGAUAAGACAAUGGGAGAGAUUUUAUCAUCCCUGUUGCUUGGCUAAAAUCACAAUCUGGUAUUAGGACUCAAGUACAGUUUCUCCCUUAUCCUCCUCUCCGCCUCGUAUUUUCCCUUUUUUGUGGUGACUUUCUAACUUGUCCUGAGAGGUUAGGAAGGGAUUGCAAGUUGAGAAAGAACAUUGUACGGAGACUUGCAUAAGCUGCAUUGUUGUAACUUAUAGCAGCAAAAUUUUGUUUAUAGUAAUAGAUGAUGCAUAUGGCAGGCAGGCUCCAUCCAUCUUUCCUUUGGUGAGUAAAAAUCGAAAAAUGGGUACACAGUGAAAAUGUGGAUUUAA